UCUUCCAGUCGUUCUUUCUUGUGCUUGCUUGAUUUUCGUGGCUGGUUCUGUGAUUCUCGAAGGAUUUAACUAACGCUAGAAUUAGCCGAGGCUCAAGGCAGCAAUGUGACAUUGCUUCUUCAGGGCAAGUGCUAACCACCCGGUCAACAAAGACAAGAGCAUGCUCUUGCAGAUACAUAUCAAGACGAAAGACGCCACUUCUCGACGAAACGCCGAAUCUCUGAUUGCUUCUCUCUCCUCACUGACACAGUCAAGACCGACCAUGGAUACCGAAUUACUUAUCAAACUCGAACGACUGAUUACAAAAAAUGCACGACUCUCCUCCCACGCCAGUGUGACCUCCGUUCUUCAAGAUCUAGGUACACCGACUGUCUCUCUAGCUAUCCUGGACGGAGAAAAGAUUUUACCACACUGCUUCACUGCCGGCAGCGAUGACACCUCCACUCUUUUUCAAGCAUGCUCGAUAUCCAAGCCGGUCGCCUCUGUACUCACGUUUAAACUUAUUGAGGCUGGAAAACUUUCUCUACACGCGUCGAUAGCGGAGUACCUUCCGAUCAGCGCCAUAGAAGCACUGGAAACGACAGCAACAAAAGGAAUGGCGAGAUUCAUCACAAUCUCUCAACUCCUAAGCCACACUUCUGGGCUCGAAACAUCUGGCUCGCAAGGCUUUCCUGGGUAUGAUGUUUCCAAGAAUGCGAAUGGGCAUUAUCGCGCUGCGUUGCCUGACCUGGCUGAGGCGUUGGAGGGACAGUGGCCGUCGAAUACUCUCCCUAUUAGACUCAAGGACUGGCCAGGUCAUGUUUUCAAUUACUCGGGUGGUGGAAUUGGGGUGUUGCAAUUGAUCAUCGAAGCUGUGAUGGACACGCCAUUUACGGAGCUCAUGGAUCAGUAUGUGUUCAAGCCGAUGGGUAUGAAGAGGUCGACGUAUGUCAUCCCCGAGGAAGAAGACUUGAAUGAGAGUACAAAGGAGGACAGACAGGGAAGCGGCAACUACGCAAGAGCCUACUACAACGGCUACACAUCCUGUGAAGCGGCCCAUCGAGUCAACCCCGAACAAUCUGCCGCGGGACUCUGGACCACACCCUCCGACCUCUUGACCCUCGUAUCAGCUAUCCAAUCCUCACUGCACACAGACACUGGCUUUUUACCCAAGACACUAGCAGCUUCCAUGCUUAAAGAGGUCCAAUCAGGAAUGGCUCACGCCUGGUUCAUCACGCCCAACCACUUCGGCCACGGAGGAAGCAAUAUGCCCGGUUGGAAAUGUAACCUCCUCGCCUCUUUGACCAAUAAAAGAGCACUCGCUGUGAUGACAAACUCAGCAGAAGGCGCAAAAGUGUUUUGGAAAGUCCAAGCGGCUUUGUUAUAUCUUCUUGGAUGGGAAAAGGCGAGCAAUUUCUGGUACGAGAGGAACUGUGUUGUUCCUUUUGCCGAUGUUGUCGCUGUCACCCCUUAUAAAACGAUUUUGGCACCAUGGAGCGGAGGUUGGAAGGAGCAAGAGAGGGAGUGGAUGGUUGAACUCGUGUUUGAAAGUUGCGUGCCUUGGUUAAAGGUAGGACAGAUGCCAAAACAAAGGUUGUGGAUUGCUGCUCAUGCGAAAGGAGAGUAUCAGGACGGGUCGAAGAUAGUAGUAGAUCUGGUGUGUAAAGGCGGAGUGGAGGUGUUAAUCAGAUUGGUGGAGGAUAAGGAAGGUAAGCCUAUGAUGGAAAUGUGGAAUGGAAAUACUGGGUCUGUGGUCAUGAUGGAGAAGGUAUAGUGAUAUGUAUACCAGGAGGCAAAGAUCAUACCAGAAACC